UAUUUUAAUUUGGGUCUGGGCUUCAUUAUAAAUCACCCGUGAUUUGAUUCUUUUUGUUGACACACAUUUGCAUUUCCCCCAAAUAUCUUAUGUUGCAGUUUUAAAAUAACUUCCCUCACCUGCAAAAUUUUGCAUAUAUAUUUUUUUUUUAUCUGUGUGUUGUGUGUCUUUGCAGGCGUCUGUUUUUGUGCUUCUCUUAAUGCAAAUCCGUUAAUUACAUAUUUUUAUUUUUGUCACAAACAUUGAAAUAUUGCAGUGUUGGACUUGAAAAGAGACUAUAAGGGCGUCCAUAUGCAGACCUCGUUUCACGUGCUUGUAAAAUCAUACUGGCGGACAUGGGUGCUGCUUUGUUUUCGGGUUUUGAAGUACUAUAGCAAUCUGUCAGUUUCUGUGAUGGACAUUCAUAUUGCUGUUUUGUUCCUAUAUCAGAAUUGAUGAGGUCAGGAAAUAUUUGUUCUUUAUAGACUCCAUACCUAAAAUGUUCCUUAUUUUUAUGCCUAAUCACCAGGGGCCCUUUAAUGUAUGGACUGAAGUACUAGGGGCCUCUUCUAAAAAGGGGCCACAGCUAACCUUGCUUAAUGAAAUUUCAAACCUAGAGUUGCCAGCUGUCCUGUAUUUCACGGGAUCGUAAGAUGUGAAACCUUUUUGGUCACAAGUCCGUUUCUUCAGCUAUCAUACCUGCUCUGCAAAACGUCAAAUAAGUAAAGCUUGUCUUCGAACUUUGAUCAUUUGGCAGCAUGCAGGCAUGUUACUGAUCACUCUGAAAGCCUAGAUGUGUGCAGUGGUAAGUCAUUAUUGUAUAUUUUAAUAUGAACAUUUCAAUAUAAAAAUAGGCAGUUUAUUUUGUAAUAUAAAUGAAUGUAUUUUUAGCAUAGUCCCUUGCAUAACGCGCAUACAGUCUGGAAUAUCCUGAUUUAAUCCAAGAAUGUAGAGAGCUGCAAUGCUGAGAACCUGAAGCAGUUUUCUCCUCCCUGAAGCUCUCUUCAUUCUUCUCAACGUUAUGUUUUUUCCCCAUGUGGUAUAAUUCACCACGCAUUUCUUUUCUUCUUCAUCUGGCCAUGUCCUGAAGUCAUUUUAAGAUAAAAAAAAAAAAAAAAAAAGUAAAUCAACAUUUAAUUAAUAAAAUAUAAACAAUUGAUCAGUUAUGUAUGUAUAUACUGGUAAAUGUAGAGUAGGCUUUCAAAGACAUGGGAACAACAACCUUGCUGAGGAAUUGUAGUUAUAGAAAUUUAAUGUGAUGAGAUUUUUCUAGUUAUUUGCUGGGGCUGCCAACAUUUGUGUAUAAGAUACAUUAUAUUGUUUGACUCAGAUUUAUACCUGCUAACAAAGGUUAAAAAGCUAUGUAGGUGGUCUGAAUAAAAGAAUGAAAAACACUGAAAUAGUGAUGAGAUUAAAAAAAAUGAAAUGUUACCUGAAAAUUGACUAGUUAUGGAAGAACCCCCGAUAACCUUAUGAACAAGUAGCUAAAGGAUGAUUUUUUUUUUUAAUCUUUGUUUGAUCUUUCUAAAAGUGAAGUAAGCUAAAGACAGGUGUGAUUAUGUUGUCAUUUGUGAUUGCCUUGGAAAAGUGUCUGGAUGCAUCUACACACCAUGGGUGUUAUAAUGCACUUGUGUGAUUGUGGGCAGACUGGGUCGGAGGGAGCCGCUGGCACCAGCUGCUACCUGUUCAAACGACCCUCAUUGACUAGCUUUGCAUCAAGUUUAAUGACAAGUCGAACAUGUUCUAGUUUGCAUCCAAGAUCCUGCUGUCUGCGUGUUAUAUUUAUAAAAUUACUCCCUGACAGUUAGACGACCAAUUACCUGUACAAAGUCAAAUUCAUUUUUCCUUCAGUUAAGCUUUUAAUUAUAGGUUUAACAUUUCUCAAACAUUCUUAAUGUUUUGCAUUAUUCGUAUAAUACUGUUUAUUAUGCAAGUUACCAGUACUCCAUCAGUCAUGCCAGUGAGGCUUUUACCCUCUGCUCAAAGAUUAUUGCGAAGUUGUGGUCAAAUUCAGAAUAUACCUGCUCACUCUUCAUUUCUCAUUGUGCCUGAUGGCCUUUUAACUACAACCAAUUUUACAUUUAAACUGUGGUCUCUUGGACAUCAUUGCUUUUAGAGGGCAGUUGAGAAUUUUUAUUUUUUUUAAGAAGGCGCGGUAUUUAACUUGGGCAUGUUGCUUUUCUUGUGUAAGUUCUUGUCUUGUGUGUGUAUGCUUUUGUCUUUGAAAGACUGCCAGGCUCAGCCAUAGGGCGUAGAUUGGCAGGAACCUGAAUCUCUUGAAUGUUUUUCUUUAUGCUGUAAAUACAUUUGCCAGCACAUAUGGUGAUUAAUGCUUAAUUGUUUUAUUUGUAAUCUGUGUAAAUGGUAUAGGCUGACACAAAUGACUCUGUGCUGAAAUUAAUGUUAAAUCUGUGAUUCAGGUCUAAGCACAGCUCUGAGCUUCUUGUCUACCACUCAUACUACACAGCUAAUGCUAUGCAUGUUGCUGACAAGUAUAGCCUCAACAUACUUGUUAUAUCAGUAUUGAAAUUUGUUUGCCUUUUGAGUUUUUGUCAAUAAAAUUAAUGUUCUUCUAUAAAUUACCUCUAGAUUUCCUUUGACUAAUCUUAUCUGAAGGAGCCAAAAUAAAUCUCCCCUGCCACUCAAGAGCUAAUACCUGUCAAGCUUUGAAUGUUUUGAGAAAUUUUUUCUUUUUGUCAUUGAGAACAGGUUAGUCUGUUCCUGCUUGUUCAUUUUUAUUUAUUUAUUUUGACACCAUAUGACGUAGGCUGUUUUGGUGGGGCCAGAUAUGAUUGAGCUCAUUGACACGGACAGCCAAUGAACACACGGCCAACAGACCAUGGAAACCAGACAGAACCAACCCUCCAAUGCCCUCCCUCAUUUACUUUCCUUUUGUUUGGAGAAGCUUUAGUGAUCAGGGUGGACACCUCUGACAGUGUUCUGCUGGGGUGGAGUUCUCAGUUCUUCCUUGUAAUCUUCUAUGAUUGUUCAAUGCACAUUAAUCCAUUUGGAAUGGAAUGCUGGUGGAAUUUACGUUUUGUUUAGAAUGCCAGGCGGAACAGAAUAAUGCUAGGACAAAUGACCUCUUUUGAAUCUGUGGAAUGCAGUGUGCCCUAGAAUUUUAGUCAGCUGAGAAUUCAUGUGGAGUACUGGAUAUUCUCCCCCGAAACUGUAAAAUCUCCACCGCCACCAGCCACUAUAACCCUAGCACUGUUUACACUCCACCGAUCGAACCCUGUCCUAGUGCUUUGCAAACACACAAACUUGCAUGGAGGUGGUUACUCCGCAAGUACACACAGUUUAUGGUGAAAGAAGCAACUUUGAGACCUUCCCAUUCUGUCUUAAUCAGAAUUUUGUUUGAUUUGUAGGGAACCAAUUGAUCAACCAGUGGAUUGAACAUGUCUGAUUAAUACCCCUGGGGUCGUUUGUUCUUUUUCAUAACCUUCUGGUUUGUUUAAAUACUUGACACAGAUGUUUGUUUUAAAAAUAAUUCUACUAAUUUAUUCUUUCCCUUCCUGUUGUCUGGAAUGGCAGGUGGUAACAUUUUCUGUUGAUUUUAUAAAAUUUUUUCAAAGCCCUGUGACAGUUUGUAAUGAUUUAAAAAGGUCAGCUUAUAUGCCGUGUCUGUUUAGUCGUUUUCUGAUUGGCUGACUGAACACUGUCUGUCCUAAAUACCAUAUCUUCUUUCUUCUGAUCUGGGCCAAAGAACAACACACUUUUUUUUUUCUUGAACUGCUUAGUAGAUACCAGUACAGUGUAACCUGUUGUGUAUGUAUGUGUGUCUAUGUGCCAUUUCUUCUGGGAUGAGGCAGUUGGGCCAAAUUCAAGGACAGAACCGUAGAACAAGAGAAGUUUUGCUUUCGUGAAUGAGUGUUAAAUAGUGACACGGGGGGCAACGUGUUUUGCUGAGGUUCUAGACAUAUUGUGUGUCUGUGUGUUUAAAUGUCUUCAGGAGAAACCAGAUUAUGAAAAAAGAAAGAGAAGCCUCAGUACUGAAAGAUUACUUGGUUUUCUUCUUGUCUCAGAGGUGUUGCUUCCUGGUGCCAAUAUGAAGUUCUUGUACUACAUGUUGGCAGACCUGGGUCAUAGCAGUGAGCCUGUGGGAUUUUUAAGAGAGGCAGAGCAGGAAAGCAGCCCAGAGCAGCUUUGAUUUAACCUUAUUGCAGACUAAGCAGACCACUCCUCCAGUGCAGUCAUGUUGAGUAGAAGUCAGGUGUUUGUACUUGUGAUCUGGAGGUCAGUGGUUCAAGCGUCUGGGUCUGUGCUUGUGAAACCCAGCUGUUUGUAUGUUGAGCCAGUAAAUAUUGCAACGUGUCUUUGGUUUCGUUAACGCAGAAAGAAACAGAUGGUUGCUUGACUCUCCUUCAGUAAAAAGGCUGCUCAUUUGAACUAAAUAUCAAGAUUGAACUUACGCAGCCUUGACCAUGACAUCCAUGAGCCCAGUCACUGUUUACUCAUGUAGCCAUUGUUAUUGUGGGCAUGCUGUCAGAUUAUUGUUGUUUACUGCUAUGUGGUUGUGUUUUUAGUAAGAGCAUCUGUGGUGUUCGUAAUGUUGAAGUUAAAGGCAUCAAGUCAUCCGUUUUAACCAUGCAAGGUUAAUAUAGUACAUAUAUUCUCAUAAACUCAAGGGACAUAUAAUCAGACAAUCCUGUUCUACUUUGUUCUUUAUUUUUCUGUACUGUAUGAGGAAUUUGUAGCACAACAAUGACCUUUCUGAUCCCUCUUAAUUAUAAAAUGGUUCCCCGAACACCUGCUGAAGUUAGCAUUUAAUAAUCACUCAGGUGAUGGACUUGUUCAACGGCCUCAUUAGCUCUGCGGAUAAAUCAGAACUGAAGGAACAGGACAGCUUGGCUUUGUGUCUCUUGAACUUUUGGAGGAGCUUUCAAAUUCAGGUCUAUAUUAACUGUGGACUUCGACCUGAUCACAAACCAUAAACCUCCCCCACCCAUCUGACAGCUGGUGGUGUUCUUCCGGCAAUACCAGCAACUUGAGUGAACAAAUCGGGGGGGGGUGCUCAAAUAGACACUGAAUCUAAAAUGAAUGUUGGCAUAGGCAGACUAUGGAAUGUUGUUGAGGGACUUUACCAUGGUGUUUAUAAUGGGAGAUGGCAGUAUUCAUAAGAAUAGAACUGAAGUUUGGGUUAAAGAGGUGAAUGGAAAUAGCGCUGAAGUAUUUCUAAUUUUAUUAGCUACUUGUUUUAAUUUUGUUUUUUAAGCAUUUGAAAGGAACUAAAUGUCAUAGGAAAAUGUAAAGGCUAUUUGCAGGGCCCUGAUUUUUUUUUUUAUUGGAAUCCCCACGUGCCCCCAACACGUCGUCCAACCUCUCAGUGCUCUUUAGGUACUAAGAAUGUUCUUAUUGGCUUUUGUCAAAGUACACCAGAGAUCAGGACAUGGCUGUGGUGGUGCCAGUAAUGAUCUCAGGUAUGAAACUUCCUCAUUCUCAUUUGAGCCAUUGUUUCUGCGUUAUGUGUCGCCUGGAAUUUCAGUCUAGGUGUCAGGUUUGCAGUGUACUUAGCUUCACACUUUGAAACAGAUAUUUUUAUGCUUCUGAUCUUCAGAUCCAGGGUCCAUUGUACUUAAUUCCAGACCUCUCCCUAAGCAUCUGAGUCCAGUAUGAUUAUUCUGCACCAAUUAUCGGCAACUGGUCCCAAUAUAUCGUUGCGAUCUGAUAGUUUUGCCAGAGUGUUUUCUUUGUAAAAGUAGCUCUCACUGUUUAAAAAAAAAAAAAAAAAAAAAGUUGGAGACCACUGUUCUACACCCCCUAAUUUUGACAUAAUAAGAGCUUUACUUUGAUUCACAGUUCAGAGCUGAUUUAUAUUUCCAGAUCAUAGAAUCUGAGCCCAGAAGAGCAGCGGCACUCUGAGGGUGGAUCACUGACUCAGUACUGCGUCGCUGUUUCGAUGGGCCAGAUGGUGAGGCACACUUGCCUGUUGCUAUUUUUGGGAGGUUAAAGGGAAUGGUCCCUUUAAACCUGAAAUUGUCUGUAGCAAGAUUUGAGAGCAGUGGAAUCGCUGAAGGGAGGCAUCUUCUCUUAUCUGGCUGUUUAAUAUUCUACCAAGUUAAACCUGAAUCAGGUUUUGCAGAUUUGACUUUGUAUGCAACAUGGGAUUUUGAGCUUUUGGAAAACCUAGGCAAAUUUUAACAUUGCUGAUGAUAUUUCUUAAACUAUCCAUUGCUUUUCCGCCAGAUUAAACAUCUGUUAAUAUAAUGUUUGCAUAAAAUAACCUAAAGUGGACUCAGAACAAGCGCAUCGUUUGUGGUCAACCCUCAGGCAAUAAUGUACCUUUGUCAUUCAUUCAUUUUGUACAGAGGAUGGCGACAGGGACGAGGAGUUCGGUUAUAGGAUGUGCAUAAAAAUCUAAAGCCCUAUGUAUCUGUUCAGCACUGAGAAUUGUGGGUAGUGCCUCAUUGAAUUUUUUUCUUUUAACUUUCCACAUGCUCUUGGUUUGUGGUUUUCCCACACUAAUCCCAUCCUUAUAGAAGAUGGAAAGUAAAGCAUAGAAGUACAGUGCCCCCCUCCAGUUUGCUGGCUGCCUGUCAAUGUACUUGAAUUUAAUCUGAAUGUCAUGCUGACAUCCAUUGUAAUGAUUGUAACAUGUUCACCGAGACGUAUGGCGAUGCUCACUUUCAAAAGGAAUUUCCCGGGACUUGUCAGGAUUGCAAAACCAGGCACACGAUGGGGAAACUGGAGGAAGAGAGAGCGAAGAAAUGAAUUAUGAAUUGCGUGUGCAUGCAGGCUGCUUGCCUGUCAGUGCGUGUGUCCUCGGCAUUGUUACCCAGUCCGCUAAGGGAGCAUAUCUGGUCGUCUCUAUCUGUUAAAAGCAGCACAUAGCGGUCACUUUAAUAAAAUAAAUAUAAUAACUGUAGCCAAACAGUUCUUGUUCAUUUCUGUAUCAUCCUGUGAAAGUGUUUAAAUCCUGAUAACUCGCUCUUACGAGUUGUCACUUCUGUUUCUCGCAUUAAAAGCUAUAUAUAGAUUUCUGUAUGCAAGUUGUAAAUCAAGAUUACUACUCUGCUGUUAGUUUUUAAUGUGCCAGGAAUUGUGUGUAAAGAGGAGCUCUCUUGCACCAGUAAGAGAGUGCAGUUUCUUUUUUUUUUUUCCUUUGGGUAAUGGCUGAUAAAUGUUUUUAUCCAAAUUGUGAAAGUAAAGGAAAUUAUUUCCUUUAACGCCUUAAAAACUUAAGGGAGGCUUGUGAAAAUCUUAAACAUCGAAUGGGUGUGACUAAUAUGGUUGUCUUCAUUUUAGCAAUGAUAUAUAUGAAACAAUAUGUGUGUGUGUAUAUAUAAUAAGACAUAAAUACUAGGGAAAUUACCAGCCUUCAUUGGAGCUGCGUGAAGUGUGACCUGGUCAAAGUCAUUCUCAAGCUCUGUUGAAUUUUGCUGCUAAGCAAAACAGUCAGUUCUUCAAAUUUGGGAUGUCAGAAAGGGCCACCAUUCUCACAUGUUUGUGUUGCUAAUGAAAGACAGAAUCUGUGUUUUGGGUUUAGGCCAUGUGACUCUUGUCCUGUCCAACCCCAAGCAAAUAUGACAGAAUCCUGGAUGGUUCAGCUGGCCUCCCUUUGGCGGGGGGGACUGCUCACUUAAACAGAGAGGGCCCUGGAGUGACAUAGAUGUAAACAGCUCAAUGGAAAGAAAAAAACACCUGAACUGGCCUCUUAGUAACCAGCAGUGAACAUCACUUGAAUACACUGGAGUUCGUAUUUGUGAGACAUGAACUUGUCUCUUGUCCUCUCCAACACUGCUUUAUUCCUUCCUUGUUUGUGUAUAAAAGCCAAGUUCAGUCAAGUUUGUCUGUUUUGGUACAAUACCAGGAAAUUCUUUCUGUGGUCAUGUGACUUCCCCCCACCCUCCCUUGGGUGUCCAUACUAAGAUGCAUACAUAGACUGUUCAUAAACAAUAGGCGUUCUGCUUCUUGCUGAGGGCGCAUGAGUCUUAAUUUUCACCACCCGGGAGCAGAUCAUAUAAUGGCACUCAAUAGCCGUUCUUCCCUCUUCCCCUUUGAAGAUGGCUUCUUGGACGAAGGACACGGUGACCAGUCGCUGACUCCUGGCAUGGGCUCUCCCACACGUUGCCAGAAUGGCGAGAGGAUUGAGCGUUACUCCAGGAAGGUCUUUGUCGGUGGUCUGCCUCCUGAUAUCGAUGAAGAUGAAAUCACCAACAGUUUCCGGCGCUACGGACAUCUUGUGGUGGACUGGCCACAUAAAGCUGAAAGCAAGUCCUACUUCCCACCCAAAGGCUAUGCUUUCUUGCUGUUCCAAGAGGAGACCUCUGUGCAGGCCCUCAUUGAUGCCUGCAUCGAGGAAGAUGGCAAGCUCUACCUGUGUGUGUCCAGCCCAACUAUCAAGGACAAACCGGUACAAAUCCGACCCUGGAACUUGAGCGACAGCGACUUUGUUAUGGACGGCUCCCAGCCCUUAGACCCUCGGAAGACCAUCUUUGUGGGUGGAGUCCCCCGGCCCCUUCGUGCAGUGGAGCUGGCAAUGAUCAUGGAUCGCCUGUACGGGGGCGUCUGCUAUGCUGGCAUCGACACAGACCCGGAGCUGAAGUACCCUAAGGGGGCCGGACGCGUGGCCUUCUCCAAUCAGCAGAGCUACAUCGCCGCCAUCAGCGCCCGAUUCGUCCAGCUCCAGCACAAUGACAUUGACAAACGGGUGGAGGUGAAGCCGUACGUGUUGGACGACCAGAUGUGUGACGAGUGCCAGGGGGCUCGCUGCGGGGGCAAAUUCGCCCCAUUCUUCUGUGCCAACGUCACAUGCCUGCAGUACUACUGUGAGUACUGCUGGGCCAGCAUUCACUCCCGGGCCGGCCGUGAGUUCCACAAGCCGCUGGUCAAAGAAGGGGGUGACCGUCCGCGUCAUGUGUCCUUCCGCUGGAGCUGAGAAGUCAAAGUAACCCGACUCCUCCAGAGACCCCAGCACCACCCACAACCCCACUACCCCUCCCCCCCAGGACAGCGCUGUACCCCUUCCCAUCAACCCCCAAGCUAACAAUAAUUACAAACCAUGGGUUUUUUUUUUUUUGUAACGUAUUAUGAGCUCAUUGUCUACUAUACUCUGAGGGGGUAACUACAAUUAUAUAAAGUUUUUGUACAUAUUUGCACUCUGGCAUAAAAGAAAAAAAACACACACAAAUGACACAUCCGACACAUUUGUCCAGCUUGGAACCAGAAAUUUAUUUUUCAGCUCCCUUUGUUCUGUGGAUUUGUGUUUCCCCCACAGGCCACCAUCAGGCUGCAGCCGAAAUGAGACUAUAUAUACAUAUAUAAAUAAUAUAUUUUUUCUUUUAUAUGAGUCUAUAUACAUAUAUAGAUAAUUUAUGUGACUGUAGCAUGCACUUAUUUUCAGAAGUUGUAGUAUAUUGCCCCUAGUAAAAAAAAAAAAAGAAAAAAAAUUACCAAAGGUAAAUUUAAAUUCAUAAAUUUAAAAGAAUAACAAGAUAGGUGGCAUACAAUGUAGCAAAUUAAACAAUUAUUCAGUAAUCAGUAGUGUGGGUCAAAAACGCCCAGAUUAGAAAGACAUAUCUAUAUUCCCUCUCCGAUUUUAUUUAAAAAAUAUUAAUACCUCAUAAGCUCAAUCAAAUUUUUUUUGCUUUUAAUUUGUUUGGUUAGGUCGAUUUUUUAUUAUUACUAUGAUUAUUAUUUUAGUGUUAUGUAAAUGUAAUGCUGCAAUAGCUUUUGCUGCUAAAUCCAUGGUAUUUACUUAUACCAUAGUACUUUUCAGGCUAGGGUGUCUGGGGGAGGGGGGGGGGGCAAAUUACAGACAACACAUGCUGCUGACGAUGACAGGAUAGCAUGAAAGGGGCACCCGAAAACACCACGGGGGGGGGGGGGGGGGGGUGUUUGGGGAUGUAGACAGGGAACCAGCGAUGGGAAUAGCGGUUCCUGGCUGUAAUGUUUUAUUUCAAUCAACUUUCUGCAUGCAAUAGAAUUUCAAAAACACACCAUUUAUUCUAUUCUACCCACACCACAGAGAUGAAUCACAAAUGGAGAUGCUUGUGCACACGCACACACUGACGCACACUAGUGUGCGUGUGACUACGAUGAGAACUUGACACAACAUGGAGAACUAGUAAGGUACUCCAGUGAACCUAUAAAAUUUGGCUGACUACCAUCGGGGUGUUUGCUGGACUCCUCUAGUACAGAGAUUUUCGUUACCAGAGAGCAGCCUCAAUAAUUUAUGAAUCUAUUAGAUGUAGGAUAUCCUUUAAAAAAAAAAUCUGAUAGGUGAAGUACUUUUUGCAGUGAUUGUUCAUAUAUAAUUGUGCAAUUUUAUACAGUAUAUAGUUAGGUCUGAGUAUGCCUAGAACUGUGAUUCGCUUUAACUGUUGUUGAUGUAUGACAUAGAAGUCCUGUGAAACUUCAUAACCAGUGUACUCACACCGGGGACACACACAGACACUCAAGCAAGCACACAUGCAUAAACACACACACAAACACUCGGUAAAAAGAAAAUGAGCUCGAGUCUGAUAAACACGAAUCAGCUGUCUGUACCAUUGACAUCGCUUACGAUUUUGUCUACGAAGACCAAAGAGCUCAUGUGAUAAUACUUAAACCACCAACACACUAUCGUGACGAAAGCUGUCUGGUCUGUUAGACCCCAUGCUAUCUGAUGAGCUAGUCAUUUAUUUUUUUUAAGAUAUCCAUUGGAAGAAAGACCAUUGAUGAUGAUGACAGCAAUGAUGAAUAUGAGAAAAAAAAUGUAAUAUAUAUGCUUAAGAACUGUCUGGAGCAGAGAUGUGAUCUUUACUCUGUUUCAUUGCUAACCAGCACAUAACGUUCCCACAACUUGACUUUGAGAACAUUGGGAUCCAUCGUUGUCAGAACUUUGUGUGUGUGCUGGUUUAAACCCUGAUUUUCCUGCAAAGCUUGAAGUACAAUUUUGACCUGCUAAAAUGGUGGACCCCCCCCCCCCCCCACCCCACCCCCUCUUUUCUUUGAGAAGGUUGGGGUAUACGACAACGGGGUGCGUUAUUGGGAGUGCAGGGUAUUAAAAAAAAAAAAAAACACAAAAACACAUUGGCUGCUGAACGUAGGUUGUUUAGGACAAGAUGAGAAGCUUGGGUUCGGGACCCUCUGGGGGUGGAAAGAGUUAGUUACACUGGUUUUUAGCAGUUCUGUGGACAAUCCGACAGGUUGCUACAACUCCGCAGUUAAUGUACGCGUCAUAUCCUGUUUCUGUGUGUCGUGAUUGUCCAGUCCAGUGCUUGUCCCUUUUUUUUUUUUUUUCCCCUUUAGUUGCAAGUGUUUUGGUUGAACUACUUUGUUUUUGCAAAAAAUGAGACGGGGUUUCUAUUCUGGAUUAAAGAAAAGAAACCGUAAAGGCUAAUAAUGAUUAGUAUCCCUCUGAAAGCGAAUUCUGGGCCUUUUUUCUCUCUCAGCCCAGGAAUUUUCUGUUUGUUCAAUCUCUGUAAAAGACACUUGUCGUGCACUUCUCUUUGUAUCCAAACAGUUUUCAGCAGUCAGCUAUUUUAUUUUAUUUUUUUUUUAUUUAUUUUUUUUUAAAAGCGUGCUUUCUGACUGACAUGAUCUUUUGCAAUACCUCAAUUUUGAAAUAUAGGAGAGAAAUUGAUAUUUUCUAAGUAAGUUUAUUCAGAUAAAUAUAUAUAUAUAUAUAUUAAUUUAAUUCAGUGAGAAAAUGAUUUAACAGAUGGUUAAUUUUAUUUUUGUCAUGCUUAUUUGCUUUUUAUUAUUUUUGGAAAAACUGAAGGAGUUAGAGCUUUAUAACUUUAAUAUAAAAUUGUAGUUAGGCGAAGUACAGAGUCUACCUUAUUACAGAGGAAUGCGAUUUGCAAAAAGAAAUUCCCUUCGUGUCUCCCUUCUGUGACAUCAGAGAUCCAUUACAAAGGACAGAAUGAGAAGUGAAUGAGAGAGAUUUCCCCCCAAUGUAUUGUUAGCGACAUCUUGGAGUUCUGAAGAAAAUACUGAGUUCCAAGGGAAAAAAAAUAAACUUUUUCAUGAAAGUAAAAAUCUCCAUUUGGUGCUGAGAAAGAUAAUUGAAGAUACUUCCCUUGUUUUGUAUAUUUAUAACUGAUCAUUUAUUAUGCCGACUAGAAUUGUGAAAGAUCUUCUGUUCAUUAUUUUUUUAAGAGAACUUUGUUUCCUAAAAGUGUGUCCUCCCUUUCUGUUUUGUACAACAAUGUACCCUUAUUUGUUGACUUGAUGUUUUGAGGGUCCUUAAAAAGAAGGUGGGGAAGAAAAGAAUGUUAUUUUAAAAACUGAUAUACAAAGUGUUUCAGCUAUAACUUGAUCGAAAGCCCCAAGAUGUAUGAGGUCAUGUGUGGCCUUUACUCACUGAAGACUUGAAUUAGUCCCAUUUUUUUCUUUUCUUUUCUUGUUUUUAAGGCUAACAAACCUUGAUUCUUUGUUGUAAUGUGCAAUACUGUUUGUACUGUUUGUAAAAAAGAAAAAACAAGAAAAAGAGGCAUAAAUCUUUAUUGCAAAUUUAUUUUCAUUGCAAGCAUUGUGAUUCACUAAGAUCAUUUUCUACUGUGUAUUUACCUACUCUACGUGCUAGUACCUUCCAGUAGUAAUGUAGCCUUUGUACUGAGAAAUUUUUCAUUAUUUUUAGAGAUUUUUGCUAAAAAAGAAAAUGAUUAAAACAUAUUUACAUAUUUUUCAUUUUUAUUUCGUAUUUUCUUUACACACUUAUUUCUCAACCAUUAAUGUAGUUAUUUCUGGGGGAGACUUUCAUAUCUGGUCAAUGUCAUUAAUAUUAUUUUGUAUUUUUACUUGGAAUAAAUUAAUUUUAUGAUGCUAAUUCUUUAAAGGUUUAUUUUCGUUGUGUUCAUUUUAUUUUAUGAAGCGGAAAACCUUUGUAAUAUUACUAAAGUGUCUAGAUUUUUGAAAUGCAAAGCUUUAUGUAUUAACUCGCUGAUGUGGUUUACAUUAGUGUGGCUAUGAUCAAAAAGACAAAAAAAUUAUGAAUGGCUGGUCAUGUAAAGCUAUUGGCGAUGUAACAAACGAUUGGGCAAUAAAAGGAAAUGAUAGAAAGGAGAAAACACUCAGUAUGUUGUGAUAUUGUGGAAGCAAGACCGAGUACUACUGCACCUGCUGGAGAGAGUAACAUUAGCUAGCCACUGGGGAUGUCACAAUAAUUCUCAGGAAACAUUUGACCUAAAUGGCAAAUUUUCAAUAUUUUUUGCAUUUACUUGUUGAGGCUGUAGACCUAGACUGAUACCCACUGGACACAAAAAUGUCAGUUUUGCAUCUGUGUGAUUGUAUUUAAGUAUGAAUGCAUUUUUAAGAUUUGAGUAAUUUGGUAGAGGGGAAACAUUUGUUUGCUAGUAUUUUAGUGAAGAAGAGAUCCCUAUAUUUUGAUGAUACCAACUCCCACCAAAUCUUCCGUGAUCCAAAGGAUAGGCUGUUCUUGGGGCAAAGUGUCCUGAAAGCUUUUGCACAUUUUGCUAGUAUUCAGUCGCUCACAGGUUUGCCGUCUAAACACCCGUCCUGGUGUGGGUGGGGCGGUAUAUGCUGUUAUGAAGUGUUGUGACAUCCCCAGAAUAUGCACGUAAUGAAAAGGAAACCCACAGAUCUGAGUGUCAUUUUCUUGCUUGCCUUUUCCUACGAAUUUGUACAGCUGGUCAUUCAGUUAAUUUAUUACUAACCUGACAGUUCCCCUGUUGCUGGGCCAGUGUUGGACUCCUACCACUAAGUGUUUGAGUUUUUACAAAGCAAGUUUUUUACCCUGUCAAAACGCUAUCUUAAACCUAAAGGAUAACUGUUAUGGUCAGAUGAAUAGCCAAGUGUUGCUGACGGUGACCAUUUUCAUCAAGUCCUCUUUAUAAUAAACAUGUCAUGUCACAAUAGAUUUGGAUAGUGUUUAUUCACCCAUGCUGCGUAGACAUUGUGUCUGGGUGCACCUUUGCAUCAUGUUGAAUCUCUGGAAUAUGAUUAAAAAAUAACAAAACCAACAAAAAACAAAAAAAAGCUACUCACUAGUUGUUUUCUUAGACUAACCACUACUUUUAAAUGUACUUUUUAAGAAAAAGGGUUUUUUAAAUUUAUUUUGGGUUUGAUUGCUGGUUAUCAUGAAGACUGAAAUUUGCUGAAUGGGAUCUAUGCUUGUCUGACGCUGCAGUACAACUGUGAUUAAAACAUGGAGCUCAAUGCUGCUAUUGCUUAAAACUGCUUCAAGUUUGUAGUUCAGACUCUCCCUCCCCUUUUCUGUACUAAUAAGCAUCUUAUUAAACAUAGUUGUAUGA